AACCGUGACACUUAAAAACCAAAGUUGACACAUCAUGAAACUCCUACUACUCCUCCUACCACACCUCCUACCCACCCCCACUGACACCUCCCUCUCCGAAGACGAACUCAUCGCUUGCGUGAGCUCAAAAACCACCAAUUGGACCGCCGAAAUAACCUCCGACCCCAACCUGCCCUUCGACAAGCUAAAAUCCCUAAACCCAGAGCUCGACUUCUCCUUCACCAAGGACAAAAUCAGCGUCUUAUUCCACAGAAACCUGACCGUCCCGAAGUCGUUCGACGCCAGGGACAAGUGGCCCGAGUGCACAAACGUCAUCAGUCGCAUCCGACACCAAGGGAAGUGUCUCAGCAGCUGGGCGGUGGCUCCAGCUUCGGUCUUCUCGGACAGGAUCUGCACUGGAACGAAGGGAUCCACCAAAGUGCACAUUUCGGCCAAUGACAUAAUGUCAUGUUGUGAAGAGUGCAUUUUGUACAACGACCGCCCCUGUGAAGGAGGUCUGGCCUACUUAGCCUGGUCGUACUUGUAUAAAUACGGGGCCGUGACUGGAGGCGAGUUGGAUUCCAAAGAGGGGUGUCAACCGUACUCAGACGCUUUCUUCCGCGGGGAGGAGACUCCUUGUAGCGAAUUUUGUGAAAACUUAAUUUAUGGAUCGACCUUCUCCAGGGAUAAGUAUUUUCCAGGGUUUGUUUAUUUGGUGCCUGCGGAAGAGAAGCAGAUCCAGAUGGAAAUUUUCGACGAUGGGCCUGUGAUGGCCGUUAUGGUAGUGUACGAGGAUAUAAUGACCUACAGGAGAGGUGUUUAUGAACAUGUAUGUGGGGAGAAAAUGGGCUACAUGGCGGUAAAAAUUUUGGGCUGGGGGGUGGAGAACGAGAUCAAGUACUGGUUGCUGGCCAAUUCUUGGGGACCCGAGUGGGGAGAUUCUGGAUUCUUUAAAAUCGUGAGAGGGGAAAAUCAUUGCAACAUUGAGAAAGAAAUCAGAGCCGGGAGAAUCAUUGGGAUUAAUGCUCGCCAGGAAUUUGUGAGAUCUAAUCCUGCUUUCGACGCAGAUACUACUAGUGGAGGAAAAAAGUUGUGGGAUAGAGUGUCCCUUCUGCCCUUUUACUUAGUAUGUCUUAAGUUUUAUGGAUUGAUCGUUUAAUAAACAGUUUAUCAAGUUA